AUGAUCACCACACACCACACUCCACCAGCAACUACAGCCUCUCGUGUUACCAUUUUUAAAUAUAUCUCCACGAAAUAUUUUGGUACCGACAAACAAAAAACUGUAGUUGCCGUUCGCCCUUCUUAUUAUUAUCACAAAGUACUUCCGAUAUAUUCCUUUCAAACAAUUACUUUCUUGAUGCCAAACUCUAAAACUCAAAAUGUUUCAAUUGACUCAAAACAAUCUAUCAACAACAGCUUGAAAGCCACAGGAUCAAGUGUGAUGGGGAAAACAACAAAAAAAGAAGAUCAACAACAAGAUGUGGACCCGAACAUGAUGAAUUAUGCAACAUUUUCGGCCCCCAUUAUUGAUUUAUCUUUUAAGGAUAUUAACUUCCCUUCAGGUGGGUUUGAAUAUUUAUAUCUUUCUCAUCUGACAAAUAUUGUAGAUUUGAAAACCUCGGUUCCAAGAGUUGGAGAAAAACGUGUUACAGUGCUUGCCUCAAAUCCAUCAGAAAAACAUAAAGAGGAGGAGAAGAAGGGCAAUAGAAGUUUUGAACAGGAUCGUUUUAAAUCAACAAUAUUUGGAAACUCUGAAUUCGGUUCUAAUAAGCAUCAUGAUGAUCAAAAUAAUCAUAAAGAGGAUGAGAAAAAAGAAAUUGUAAAAUAUUUGGGAAGGGGCGUAAAAUUGUGCAACAACAACUUGUCUGAUUUGCACGGCUUAUUUGAGGGUCUGUCAACAAUCAUGGAAACCCCUCGAGAACUCCAGUGGAUUGAUUUGUCAUAUAAUAAUAUUUCAUGUUUGGAGGGUUUAGAUUCUCUUCCUGAAACGUUAACAUCUUUAUACCUCCAUGCAAAUCAAAUAACCUCGCUCAACGAAAUUGCUGUUCUUCAAAAGUUUAAGAAUCUUAAAUAUUUAACUCUUUUUGGAAAUCCAAUCGAAGAAAUACGAAAUUACAGAUUUUGCAUUUUGUCGAUUUUUCCCUCUCUUAAAUCAUUCGACAGAGUGACUGUGACAGAAAGGGACCGACAAACAGCAGAAACAUAUCGAAACUUCUUUUGGCCAAAAACAACUAAGAGAAAAACAACCCAACAAGUAAACAAAAAGAAUUAG